AUGCUGUUUUAUAUAGUAUUUUUCCUAUUUCUAGGUUAUGGAAGUGCAGAUUACAGUUUUACAUACAAUAUUAGUAAGUAUUCAUUAUUUUACAUAGAUAAAAGUCAAUUUAACAUGAUAGUUAUAACAAUUAAAGCUGUUCAACGUGUUUUAGGUUUUUGACACAAAGAAAGUUAAAGUUGUGUUUAUCGAAAGAUAGUACCUAAAAAUAAAAAUUUCGAUAUUAAUAUUGUUAUUUAGAGUAUCCACAACAACCGUAUAUGACAGUAAAAAUAGGUAAUGACGCAAGGGAUGUAAAGGUAUUACUGGACUUUGUCAGGCCGUAUUCUUUUGUGUUCGAUCAGAGUUGUGCUAUUAAAAAUUGUACAAUAAAUCGUCUGGGCUACUAUUACAACUCAAAGUAAGUUUUUGAAUUUAAAUUUGAGUUACUAUACUUAUUAACGUCAUUUUUCUAAUUUACCGUUUGACAUAGUACCUAAAAGUACAUUAAUUUAGCAUUACAGGCAUACCCACUGGACAACCUUUCAAAGAUGUAUAUGGAAAGUACAGUAGUUUUACGGGCCAGAUUUACAACGAUACGAUUACCAUUGGUGACGUAACAGUACCAGUCAAGUUGGGUGUGGUAAAUGGCAGUCAAUUCGCGAUAAAAUACGAAUAUGAUUGGGAUGGAGUUAUAGGAUUAGGUCUACAGGAUGUCGAUACUGGUAUUGUGAGAGAUAUUAUGGUACAGUUGGAAGAAAAGAAGAUUACUGUGCAACAAGGAUAUCAUUAUGUUAAUAAUGUAGGUCAUUUUUAGGUAUAAUUUUGAGGUUUUAGUUUAACUACAAAGAGCCUAAAAAGUCUGUUGGUACGAUAACAUUUGGAAAUAGCGACAAUCUUUUGUGCGGAGGGUUUCAGUACGUUAACACGACGUCUGAAAACAUGUGGAAAAUACUGACAGGGUAAGUUGUUUUGCACUUGUUUUUUGAACUUAAGUUAUUUUGAGACUAAUUUGCGGCAUUCAAUUGUGUCUAAAAAUGUGUAGUCAAUAUGUAACUAAAGUAUAAUAAUAUAUUUUACAGGGUGAACAUUGGCAAUUCACGUCUUUCUAACAAAGUUAUUACGUUUUUACCUGGUCAGUAUAGUCAAAUGCCAGAAGUGAUAUAUGACAUCUACUUUGGCAACACGACAACUACACAAAGAGAGUUCUAUGAUAUUACUUUUGAACUUGGAGGUACAACGUACAAGAUGACUAAAGAUGAUUAUUCUUGGUACGAUUAUACGGUAAGGAUAAGUUAGAUAUUGUAGAAUGUGCGAGUAAUAUAUGUGAACACCGUAUAGGAAUUGAGAUAUAAGAGGGGUUAAUAAUUUUUGUAUAGUACGUUGUUACCUAAUUUAAAGUUACAGUACUACAGCUUUCGUACGUAGUAUUUCAUAUAAAAGUUACAGAGAAACAAAUACGAUCCUCGAUUGAACAUAGCUUACAGCGAAUAUGGGUAUGAGUUUGGGUUUGGCAGCGACUUUCUUCAACAUUAUUGUGUUUCCUUUGUCGCUGUCGAUAAUUUCACCUAUUUUCAAAUUGGGCUAGCUGAAAAUAACAAUGCUUUUACUGUCUUUGGUCAAGUUACAAUUAUAAUAUUGUUUUUAAUUGUUUUACAAUGA